AUGGCGGACGUUCCUAUGUACGUGACGUCGGAGUACACCUCUGCCGAACGUCGCAUCACGCCCUCAUGGUCCAUCGCUCAGCUCAAGACCAAGAUGGAGCCCAUCACGGGCAUUCCCCCUUCCUCGCAACGCAUCGCCCUCAAGACCUUGACGAAUGAGACCAUUCCGAUCGAAGCAGCGGACGAGGAGAACACGUAUUUGCAGAAUUACCCUCUGGCACCCUACGCAGAGUUCCAGAUCAUCGAUCUGCGACCUCCCUCGGCGAGGCCCAACUUCAACGCCACAGGCGUGGAGAAGUAUGUGAUGCCAGAGGACGAGUACGAGAAGAAAACCGAUUCAGUGCUGGCGUGGAAGAAGGCCCAAAAGCUCGGACGCUUCGACCCCAACGCCCCAAGCCAUGAGCAAGCUAAGAUCGCUGCAUUCGCUAGGGAGGUUGAAGAACGCGGAAUUGAGGUCGGAAAGCGAUGCAGAGUGGGCCAAGAUGACACUAGGAGGGGAGUGGUCAAGUACGUUGGUGAGGUCAAGGAGAUCCCAGGCAGCAUUGGUGCCUGGAUUGGUGUUCACUUCGAUGAGCCAGUGGGCAAAAAUGAUGGAAGCAUUGGAGGGACUCGGUACUGGGGCGAAGAGUCUCAACUCAAGCAUGGCGUCUUCGUCAGGCCGGACCGAGUCGAGGUUGGCGACUUCCCCAUCGUGGACGAUCUCGCGGACAUGGAGGAGAUAUGA